UUCAGCACUUCCCAAGAAAGGGCUCGCUUCUGAUCAGUUACAAUGACGGUGCCAAAGUCCUGCAGAUAUAGCAGUGACAGCGCCCUGGCCAGUGUCACUGGAGCACACACUCACACACAGUCGCACACUCGCACGCGGACACACAGACGCACCACAGCUUUGGCUCUCUGAACCGCACAGCUAGCAUGGAGUACAGAGGAGCUCACCAAGCCUUCCGCAGGCGCUGGAAGACCACGGACAAUGACCUCUGCAAGCACAGCAUGUCUUUUGUCCUUCACAACACUCUCAGGAAUGAGUUUUUUGCCAGUUACCUGUAUCUUCUGGAACAGAUUCCCCUGGUGAAACUUUAUCCCGUUACCUGUGAGUACAUUGAUGGAGAGAAGCAAUUCUAUGCCCGGGCGCAAGACUUCUACAAAGACGUCGAACCCUCGGAGGAGGGGAUGAUGGGAGAUUUUAUAGAACUCUCCCCUAUCGACCUUGAGGGCUCCAGGCAGUUCCUGAAAAAGUUUGUUGGGGGCCCUGGAAAGGCUGGAACGCAGCGUGCCCUGGACUGCGGCUCCGGGAUCGGAAGGGUCACCAAGAACGUCCUCUUGCCCGUGUUUGAGACCAUGGACAUGGCUGACAUGAUGGAGGAGUUCCUGCUCCAUGCGCACGAGAGUUACCUGGGCAGUGAUAAUGAGCGCAUUGAUGUAUAUUACUGUUACAGCCUGCAAGAGUUGACACCCCAAGUGAAGAAAUACGAUGUGAUCUGGAUGCAAUGGGUUGCAUGUUACCUGACUGACAAGGACCUGAUGGAGUUCCUGAUCAGGGCCAAAGCCAGCCUGAAGCCAAAUGGAGUCAUCAUCAUCAAGGACAACAUGGCCAGGCAAGGCUGCAAGCUGGACCCUGUUGACAGCAGCAUCAUCAGACACUUGGACAUUAUGAAAUGCAUCAUCACCAAAGCUGGUCUAGACAUCAUAGGAGUGGAGAAGCAGGAGGGCUUUCCUGAACAGAUGGUGCCUAUCUGGAUGAUUGCCAUGCAGUAACGUCAGCGUCAGGCCUGCAGAAUGACCAACACAUAGGAGAGCCAUAUCUUCACUCAAAUUAAAAAACAAUGGCUUACAUUUUCAUUUCACUUCAUUUCAGGAGUCAUUUCAAAGCAGGCUUCUGUGGCUGCUUGCAGCAUGUAGAUUUCUACAGUAGCACUGUGUCCAGAAAGGCAAAUCCCAUAAGACCCAGAGAAUCAGAUUCAUGGAAAUGCGUUUUCCAUGCAUUUUCCUUUUUGCCUUUACAUGUAAUAUUUUUUUUGUUGUCUCAGUCAUUCCCAUUGCUCAGUCAGACCAUAGCCAUUCCCUUAGUCCACAUUAAAUGCUCAGUCAGAGAUAAAGUUACUGAGCAAACGUUUAACGUGUUCAAUCCCAAAGAUGUAAAGAAUAAUAAUAUUAACAUGCCCUCUACAUGCAGAAUAUUCUAUACAGAAAGUAUAUCAUGUUUACACUUCCUCAUGGAAAAUACAUAUGUUUAUUAGAUCAACCCAAACCUCUGAAUCCGGGCUCUACACCAAAUUUACCUCCAUACAAGCACUACAAUAACGCGUUUUAUAUGAAUGUUCGGUUGUUUGUUCCAAAUAUAGUAACACUUUUUUGUAUGCAUCCCUGUACCUCAUUUCCUUAAUAAGACCAACUCUUGCACAGAUAUAAUUUAUGACAAAUAUAUAAAAGCAUUACUAACAUGCACUUAUGUGCUUCAACUACCAAAGGAUCAUGAUGAGGGUGGAACUAUUUAUCAUAUUUCACAAGUUCCUUAAGUUCUACCGUUAUUCAGGAUAGACAGGGCUUGAGCUCACACCGUGUAUGUUACCAAAUAGAAAAAUAAAGAAGUAAACUUCAGAGGGUGGAAUACUAUCACUUAUUCUAAAAAGUACUCUAUUUGUCAUUGGUCAGUGCAUAUAAUCACAUAACCCUCUCUGUCAUGAACUAUUAAUUUUCAGAUUUGAGGGAAUGUACGUCAUACAUACAUUUUUGUUUCUGAAAAUGCUUCCCCACCCAUUUUUUCAUGCUGUAAUCUCCUCAGCCGAUGCAGGAGAGUAUACACAGGCACACACUCAUCUCUGAAGUAAGUGAUGUCACCAGCUGCUUCUUUUCACACCACAGCUGACAAACCAGGCUUGCACAGAUAUGAGUUGGAGGAAGGGACUUCAUGCACAGAUUUUAAAUGCAGACUGUGGGUCCCCAAACAACCAGUGGGGGUCAAUAGAGAGUGAUGAGACGUGGAUUCCCUCUGACUGAACCUUCCCUAGCCCUGGGUUGAGCUACUGCUGAUUAUGCAUUGCUCUGCCACACUCAGGCUUCGAUCCGGGACUAUGCAGCCCAUCCAUGCUCCAGAACAACACCUUAAUAACAUGAGCCACUCUUCAGCCCUAGAUACUUUACAUUUUGCAUGCAGAUGUAUAUAUUGUUGAAGUUUUUUAAGUUAUUAUGGUUUCUUUUUUUAACCUACCAUAUCACAAAGAAUGAUAUUCAAUGGUACGACAAUGAUAUGUGAAUUGAAUUUUCUUUUGUGGUUUGUUUCAGCAUGAAUUCCUAAUUCCUUAAAGAUUUUGUCUGAUAUUACAGAAGCUAUACAUAA